UUUGCACAAAUUAAUAGCAUAGGCUAAAAUUUACUCUAAGUAUAGGCAUAUUGCAACACUGAUUGUACACCCUGUUUGUUUUCAUCCCAGCGUUCCGUGUUCCAAUCACACGUGUUUUGUUAUUAUUGCGUAAAGUAGUAUAAAAAAUACUUUCAAAAUUUUCACCUAAAUUUAAUCAGAAAACAUCGGUUCGGCCGAUGAUGCUGUUGCAAGUUACUAAACAGCCAGCAAACACGACUCUAAGAUUUAUCUACCGUUAAUCCAAACCAUAAAUACCGCAUUAUGGCAUCGGAUAAUGAGUCCGAAGCCGAACUCGAUGAGAACUAUUACACAUUUCUCAACUUGCCGCGCGAUGCUACCUCUGAACAGAUUAACACCGCAUACCGUAAACAGAGCCGCAUUUACCAUCCGGACAAGCAUAUGGAGCCGGAGAACAAGAAAAGAGCUGAGAUAAUGUUCAAUCGGACAAAACGAGCCUAUGAGGUGCUUUCGGAUCCGCACCAGCGUGCCAUUUACGAUUCGGUGGGCGAGAAGGGCCUCAAAACCGAGGGCUGGGAAAUAGUGCAUCGCACGAAGACGCCGGCAGAGAUAAGGGACGAGUAUCAGCGAUUGGCAGAAGCAGCUGAAGAUCGUCGCCUGCAGCAACGCACUAAUCCGCGUGGCAAUAUUACCAUUAACGUAAAUGCAACGGAGAUAUUUACACCUUACGAUGAAUCGGAAAUGCCACGCGUCGAAAUUGGCUCCAUGAGCAUUGCGCAGUCGAUUGAGGCGCCAAUAACGCGCAAGGAUAUGAUCAUUAUGAGCGGCAAUCUAUACUCAUCAAAUGGCACGGGCAGCGGUGGCUUUAUGGUGGCGGGACGACGUUUGCUUAACAAAGGCUGGGUGGAACUUUGUGUUGGCGCCGGCAAUGGUUUCCUCUUGGGCUUGAAGGGUGGACGUACACUUUCGUCAAAGUUAACCCUGAAUGGUGGAACCAAUAUGAAUUUUCAGGAGAAUGGUGUCAUACCCGCCGUAUUUAGCUCGCUGGCCGUGCAGUUGGAUAAGCAUACUGUAGGCAGCCUAACACUGAAUGCCGGUCCUCAGUCCUCACUGACCACACAGAUUGAUCACUCUAAUGAUAAUCAUGCUAUUAGCACCUCUUUUGUCAUUGGCACGCCGCAUAUUUACUUUAAUAUCUCAUAUACACGCAAGAUGAUGGAGAAUGAGCUUAAACUAAAGCUGGCCACAAAAGUCGGCACAUUUGGUUUUAUGGGCGAGUAUGGGGUGGAGAAGAAGGUAUCUAAAUAUAGCUCGGUAAUAGCCGCCGUAUCAAUUGGUGUGCCCUCCGGGGUUAUUCUCAAGUUCAAAAUCCUACGCUCUAAUCAAUCAUAUGUAUUCCCAAUACAUCUAAGUGAUGAAAUUGUGCCUGCUGCUGUCUUCUAUGCGACGGUAACACCCGUCAUCGCGUGGUUCCUUAUUAAGAAGUCUAUUAUGGAUCCCAUGGAAGCAGAGCGAAAGAGCAUGGAAGUGGAACGCACGAAACGGCAAAAUGAGCAACGUUUGACGGCAAAGAAACUAGAAGCUUUGGCUGCUAUACAUUUAAUGCAAAGCACAUAUAACCGCAUAUUAACUGAGGAGCAAGACCGCAGAGGCUUGGUGAUCAAGAGAGCAAUCUAUGGCUGCUUGAGUGAGGAUAGCCCGCAAUUUAAGGCCGAGGCGUCUCAUGAUGUAACAAUACCCAUACAGUGUCUAGUCAGAGACGGCACCUUGCAGUUGUAUGAAUCAUCAAAGAGUGAUUUACCAGGCUUCUACGAUCCAAGUUUGGGUGAUGACAAGUUCUUAAGUAUAGAAUAUACAUACAAUAAUGUAUUGAAAACGGUGAAAGUAAAGGACACUGAGUCGUUACGACUGCCAGGAUAGUACCCGUAACAAUUUGUACAAAUCCUCAGUUGUGUUUUAAAUUGUUUUUAGCAUUCAUAUUAUCAUAGGGUAAAUUUAUUAUGAAACCGCUGUUACAACCAACAACCAAAAAGAUUGUACAGUUUUGUGCUAUUCAUGGCACUAACUUUAGUGUUCAGAAUGCUUUUCCAUUUAAUACAAAGGCAUAAAUUAUAAUAAUAUUAACGCAAGAACUCGCUUAUACUUAACAAUAAAAAGA